AUGUAUCUGUUUAUUUACUUCUACUUCCUAAUGAGCUUUUUUGAAGAAGUUCUUGGGUUUUGUCCUUCACAAUGCACUUGCGUUUACCAUGGCAGAAGUGAUGGCACUGGAACAAGGUCCGUACUCUGUAAUGAUCCUGACAUGUAUGAAAUCCCUGUGAAUGUUCCUGUGGAUACUGUAAAACUUCGAAUAGAGAAAACUGUCAUACGAAGGAUUCCAACUGAAGCCUUUUACUACCUAGUAGAUCUCAAAUACCUGUGGGUAACGUACAACUGUGUAGCCAACAUUGAUAUCAGCAGCUUUUAUAACUUGAAACUACUGCACGAGUUACGACUGGAUGGUAAUCUGCUCUCAACUUUCCCUUGGGAAUCACUGGCAGAGAUGCCCAACUUACGGACUCUUGAUUUACACAACAAUAAAAUGACCAGCAUUCCCGCUGAUGCUGGCCGGUACCUGAGAAACCUCACCUACCUGGACAUAUCCAGCAACAAGCUAACCACCUUGCCAUCAGACCUGAUGGACAUCUGGCCCCCCUUCUCAGGAACUGUCCUGUCCAAGAACACAGACAUUCUGGUGACACAGAGAGUCAUUUUGGGUUUUCAGGACAACCCAUGGUUCUGUGACUGCCGCAUUUCAAAGCUGAUUGAAUUUUCCAAAAUCGUGGACAGCUCAGUUGUGCUUCUUGAUCCAUUGAUUUCGUGCAGUGGACCUGAGAGCCUGGCGGGAAUCUUGUUCCAGAGAGCUGAGUUAGAGCAGUGUCUUAAACCAUCUGUGAUGACAUCAGCAACAAAAAUCACUUCCCCUCUGGGAAGCAACGUUCUGCUGCGCUGUGAUGCGACUGGGUACCCAACACCACAGCUUACCUGGACUAGGUCAGACAAUAUACCAGUGAACUAUACAGUAAUUCAAGAAACUCCUGGAGAGGGUGUCAGAUGGUCCAUAAUAAGCUUGACAGGAAUUUCAUACAAGGAUGCAGGAGAAUACAGAUGUAAAGCCAAGAACUUGGCAGGAAUGUCAGAAGCUGCUGUUACUGUCACAGUGGUUGGUGUAGUUACUACAACUGUGUCACCACAGAAGUAUGGAAGGAAGCAAGAGGCUGAGAGACAGAAUACAACUCAGGAGGAAUCCAAGCAGGAACCUGAGACGACAACCACACCCCUUGCCACUACACAGAGCACAACCACAGCACUGGUUAGCACUGAAAGAUCAACGAACAUCAUGUUUGCUGACAAGAAGCAACCCAGGCCCAUGUUUGAUGGAAAGAAAAAUUCAAAGGCUGUGACAAAUGGAAACAAAAAGCAGACUGGGGAGAUAGGCAAGAAAGGUGAGGACACUCCCUUGAAUACAGCAGGUAUGCCUGAGCAAAAUAUCACUGUGAAGAAUCUAAGAGUGAUCAGUGAAACUGAUGAAAGAGUGACCUUAACCUGGAAAACUGUCAAUGCCACAGGCAACUCCGCAGUGACUGUAUUGUACUCCAAAUAUGGUGAGAAAGAUAUGUUGCCUCUGAGCACUGAUUCUAACAAAAACAGAGUCACAAUUGAUGGUUUGCAACCUAGUACUCAAUAUAUGGCAUGUGUCUCACCCAAAGGCGUGCCACCUACAAAAGAACAAUGUGUUAUUUUCUCCACUGAUGGGUUGAAUGAUGAAAGCAGUUCUGAGUUUUCUAUUCUGAUAGUGGCCAGCAGUGCAGCAUGCAUGGUUGUUUUACCUUUGAUAUUUUUUUUACUCUACAAAGUUUUAAAACUUCAUAUGAAACCAAAAAGUGCAAAGGAAGCUGACCUUGCAAAAGAAACCUAUGUGAAAUUUGAAACACUCUCUCUGAAACCUCGAACAGUGAGUGCAGGAGAGCAGCUCUGGGCACGGAGGUACACCGAUGAGUCGGAAAGACUUCUCCUUUGCUCUAGGUCAAGCAUGGAUUCUCAAAUGACCUUCAAAAGUGAGGGUUCUAGGUCAGAGUAUCUGUGUUGAACAUGAGUGAGGGUGGAAAUGGAAUAAACAAUAGGUAAAAUUAUUCCAAAAUGAUGAUACUGCAUCUGGAAGCAGGUUGAUGCUAAGUUGUGGUCAGAAUAUGAUAUCUGAUAUAAUACAGUCUACUGGAUGUGUAGAGUGGUGAGUAGGAGGGAGAAUAGAAGAAAAAUAUUACCUGUUUAUUUUCUUUUUUAAUGUUUGUGACUUUGGAUGUGAAGGCAUGAUGUUCUUCAAAAGAUAGAUACAACUUUGAAAUGGUUUCCUGGUUAAAAAUAUUCUAUUUCUUGUUUUUAUUAAAAUGUUCUGUUUUCUCUUCUCUCAUUUUAACAUAUGAUAUCCCAAUUGCAUGUAUCAAACACUAAUCACAAUCUUCAUGAAAGUGAUGUACUUAAAAAUAGAAGGAAAAUAGUUUAAACUACUUCUAUUGUGGUCAAAACUUUAUUUGAAAAUACAAGUUUUUUCUGACAUCAGCUUGUACUUUGAGAUGUCAUUCAGGUCUGUUUGUACAGUAUCUUGGAUUGAAAGUGUUCUCAGGUCAGUGAAGACUGAAGCUACGUAGCCACAGUGUAUGGGCUCUUGAGAGGUACAAUACAUAUCAUGUUGUCAUUUUGCAGAUGCUGUUGCAAAGGGCAAAGAAACUUCUUUAGUAUUCUGAAGCUCAGAUAAGAUAUUGUGAGUAACUCUGAGAGAGACACUAGAUAAUCAUGUUAUUUUACAUCAGAUGAUCUUUUUGCAAAAUCUCAGCCUUAGAAUUUUCUUGGAUGCACCUGUCUAUAUACCUCAAUUUUAGAAAUCUGUCCAGAAAAUUUCGUGGUAGUGUGUAAUGCCACACACACUCUUAUAGGACUAUAUAUUACACAGAUAUUGCACAAUAUUAUGUACUAUGCUUCAGUAAUAUAAUACAUUUUGAGAUACAGUAUGAGGAGGUUUUGUCCCCAGGUCAUGCUGGGUGUGAGUUUCAAUGAGCACAGUGAAAGUUAAUUGUGAGUGUGCUUUCUAAUGUUUAAAAAAUCAGGAAUUAACAGUAAUAAUGAAUUCAGA